AAUUCGUGUCUUUUCUCCGGUAAUAGCUGAAAGUUUUUCUUUAACAUGGACAAACUAGCAAAAACAAUUUCAGGUGGAAAGCAAACAAAAACAAUUCGUAAUGUUCUAGUGCAACCAUUUAAAACCAAAUGGCCAAUACUGCCGGAUGCAGAAGUUUCAAAUUUUCAACAACUAUUUAAACAAGUUCCACAACAUUUAUUGGUCCGAGGUAUUAAUGAGACUGUUCAGUUGAUACACGAAGGUAAAGCAUGUGUCCUCUUAAUAAACUCUAACUUUCAUCCGCAAAUUCUCGCUAAACAACUUAUUCGAAUGGCUCGUCGAAACUUACCGGACAUUAAAACUUUAGCUAUCGAAAACCUAAGAUUGCAAAGCUCAGCAGAAAAAAUUGUCGCUAUUCGUAGGAGCGAUGAUCAGGAGCCUGAAUCAUACCACCAACUGCUGCAGUUAAUAUCCAACAUUUGCAUAUCGAAUGGUUACGAAGAUGGUGUGGAUACGCCUCUUAAAAAAGACGAAAAACAAAAAAUCGAACAGAAGAAAUCUGUAGAGGAAAUUGAGCCACGAAUUAUUUCUCAAAUAUAUCUUAUUCGACAUGACUCGAACCGUCGAGUGUUUGUCCCAAAGAUAUCAAUACAUGCUUCACCAAAAAAACAGAUUACUGAGAAUGAUUGGGGAGAAUACGUUUCUUUCGAACAACCAAAGCGAUACAACACUGUGAAGGAUGGUAAAAGGUCGCAGAACUCGUAUCAAGUAAGCAACAUGCCGUACGUUCCAUUAACCGUAAAUCGUGUCCAAGGUAAUCCAGAUAGGAAAAGGAAAAAAAAAUAAA